AUGUUUCAUGAAAAUGAAGAAGUGUUUAAAGGUAGAAAAAAGGAUAAUAUAGAACAAUUUAUUGGAAGUUCACAAUUUUUUCUAGAAAAUGGAUUAUCACAACUACGAUAUAUGAUAUUAAUUGAAGGAUUAACAAUUCCUGAAGGAUAUGAUCAAUGUCCUUAUAGAUCUUAUGUUUGGUCAAUAUUAAGUCGAACACCAACAUUUCCAACAAAGAAUUAUGUUAAACUACUAUCGGAAUUAGAAAAUAAUUUAUCAAUUGAAAUUUUAUCAAAAAUUAAAAAUGAUACAUUUAGAACAUUAAUGAAUGAUCAAAAAUUUCAUCAAAAAGUAAAUGAAGAGAUGUUAAUACGAAUAUUAUCAUGUAUUGGAAUUACAAAUAAAGUAGGAUAUGUUCAAGGAUUAAAUGUACUACUAGCUCCAAUAGCUUAUUGUUGUCAUAAAAGUGAACCACAAGCAUUUGCCAUAUUACAUACUAUUAUAACUUAUCAUAUUCCAUUAUAUAUUACUCCAAACUUAGAAGGUGUUCAUACUGGAUUAAGUUUAGUUGAUACAGUUUUAAAAAUUAUAGAUCCAAUAUUAAGUGAAUAUUUAGAUUCAAAAUUUUUAAAACCUGAAAUUUAUGCAUUUCCAUCAGUUUUAACAUUAAGUGCAUGUACACCUCCAUUAAAAUCAGUAUUAAAAUUAUGGGAUUUUUUAUUUGCUUAUGGAUUUCAUAUGAAUAUUUUAUUUAUUGUUGCUCAAUUAAUUAUAAAUAGGUCGAUAAUUUUAAAUUCAGAACAACCUAUGAAAAUUUUAAGAAAUUUUCCAAAUUUAGAAGCAAAUGAAAUCAUAAAAUUAAGUUUAAGUUUUAUACCUGAAUUACCGAAGACGUUAUAUGAAUUAAUUGCAAGACAUGGGUUUGAUAAAAGUGUUCCCAAAAAAUUGAAAGCAUAUAUUGCAGAGACUUCUAUAUAG